CUCGAAGUUUCAGUUCCGGAUGAUGGCAGCCGCCAUAAAAAACAUUUGGAUCUUGUCAUCGAGUGAAUUUAAUGAUCUCCACGGGAUUCCACAUCCUUAACUCUACUAAAUCAUAGGCGAGCAAUGAUAAAUUGUUUAAUAUUUUAGAAAAUCUCAACAUCGGAUUUAACUAAUGCUUUCCAACCGUUUAUGGUAAGCAUAUAUUUGUUCCCCCAUGAAAAUGAACAAUAUGUGCCGUCUUUACCAAAUACAGAAUUCUUACAGCCAAUAAAUCACAAUCCACCUCGUUUCUCAGUACCAAAGAAUAUGCGAUUAAAGGAAAUAUAAUUCACGAUCGUUAAAAUCUAGAAUUCGACAUUAAAUAUACUGUAGGAGCAACUUCAAAAUGUGCUGUUUGUAAUCUCCAGUCUCCAAAUUGAAACCCGAGAAGAAGAAGAAGAAGAAGGAAAUAAUGGGCAGCUUACGUGGCUUACAGUAUGCUCUAAGUUUCCACAGCCGAUCUUCCCCGUCAACAAUAUACCCUACAACAGACGCCCACCCGGAGCGCGAGUCCCAGGACACCCAUCUCUUAGCAGAUCUCCAGCGGUUACAUGAAUUCGGGAACUAUCUGAGCGCCGGCUGGCUACAGAAGGCGCUGGAAAUGUGCCUGUCAAUGCACAGAGAGGUCCAGCAGAUUUUUCCCCAAAUCCGGCAGGCCGUCCAGAGGCAGAAUUCAAAGUGGAUGGACGAAACCCUAGAUGACACGGUGAAGCUCCUGGACGUAUGCAACGCACUCCGGGAAUACAUGAGAGACAUCAAACAGUACCAGGAAAAACUUCACCUUGUGAUUCAUAUGCUCAAUGGCCCAAUUGGCCCCUGGCAGCUGGGCAGGGCCCGGAUUGCUCUCGGCAGUUUAUGUGAGUUGCCGGCCAAAGCGACGGAGCCGCCACAAAACAAAUCUCGGCUGGAGAAUUGCAGCUCCGUAUUGCGGCGCAUGGGCGGAAAAUUGGCGGCUCCCUGUGCAGGCGGUGAGUUAGUUGAACCAAUUCAUGCGGCCAUGGAUCUCACUGUCUUCGUAUGUGACCUUCUGUUGGUGGCCCUUUCAUUCAGAUCGAGGCGCUCCCUUCCUCUGCCCUGUUCCGGGCACUCCACCUGGGGCGGCGCUCUUCAAGCCCUUCAGCUUAAAGUGAAGGAAGAGGUGGAUAAGCGUAGAAACAAAGGGAUCGUCUGUGUUUUGCUGGACGAGCUUUUUGCCGUCGAGUCAGCUUCACAGAGUGUGAAUGAUCUGCUGAAGAGGUUCUUAAACAGCAAGUCUGUCCCGCUUAAGGAAGCGCAGGAUUUGGAAUUGAGGCAGUCGGUUGUGUGUUUAAAGAAUUGUGUCGCAGAAUUGGAAGAUGGGAUGGCUUUCAUUGAAAGCCAGAUUAAUGAACUGUUUGAAGUUAUCAUAGGCGGCCGGAUGGCUCUGUUGGAUGCUCUCACUUAUUCGUAGCAUUAAAAAACAGAGAUAUUUUUUUGCUUUGGCUUUUAGAAUUGAUUGUAUAAUUUGGAUUGCUCUGUGACCCAUCAGAACUAAAGAAACAUAAAAUUAGAUUGGCGUGUAGAUUUGAUUGUAUAAUUUGGAUCACUGUGUGACCCAUCAGAACUAAAGAAAUAGAAAAUUAGAUUGUUGCAGACCCAAGAAUGGUGAAGUGAGGGUAGAGGUGAUAGGUGAGAGGACCAAAAUGAUAUCUGCCUUGCCAAAUCUCGCCUCUAGCAAUUGAAUAGACAAAGAAAAGAGGACAAUUCAAUCAAGGCACAAUUUUUGCAAGAUUCGAAGGGCAUGCUUUUUCAGGUCCAUUUUGCAGGUCGGCAAGAUUAUUGUUGACUU